CUUGCGCUCUCUUUUUUUUUAAACAGGAAAACAAAGUUUUUUUUUUAACUGUAGAAAUGGACAGAGUGAGGGUGAGAGAGGAAAAACAGAGCUUCCACGCAGAAUGAUUGAGGGAGGCGGAGAGGAAAACAGAGAGCUCCAUCCGAUGAAAUGAGGUGAAAAUAAUUCAGACAUUAAUCAACCGAGGACGAAAGGAGGGAUUUUCUUUUUUCUCCUAUGGAAACUAAAGGGAAGGUGUGAAUGAAGAACUUAGGAGAGCAAGAGAAAGAGAGAAACACAGAACACUCAAAUCAUGUCAGAAUCCAACACUAAUGUACAUUUGUCUUCUGAUCGGAAUGGAGAGGUUCUUGGUGAGACGGCAAAGAAGGAUGAGAACGUACGCCGGGGAAACUGGGGUAACCAGAUUGAGUUUGUUCUGACCAGUGUCGGCUAUGCAGUGGGUCUGGGUAAUGUCUGGAGAUUCCCCUAUCUCUGCUACAGAAAUGGAGGAGGUGCCUUCAUGUUCCCCUACUUCAUCAUGCUUGUGUUCUGUGGAAUCCCCCUCUUUUUCUUGGAGCUGUCCUUUGGACAGUUUGCCAGUCUUGGCUGCCUUGGGGUAUGGAAAGUCAGCCCCAUGUUUAAAGGUGUUGGCUAUGGUAUGAUGGUGGUUUCCACGUAUAUCGGUAUUUAUUACAACGUGGUGAUCUGCAUCGCUUUCUAUUACUUCUUCAUGUCUAUGACCGACGUGCUUCCUUGGACAUACUGCAAUAACCCCUGGAACACCAAGGACUGCAGUGGGGUGUUGGGGUCUUCCUAUGCGAACGCUUCUAUCGCCAACACGUCCACGUUGAUGGGAAACAUCUCAGAAUUGGUGAACCAUACAGCCAAGAGGACCAGCCCUAGCGAGGAGUACUGGAAGUACCAGGUGCUGAACAUCUCUGAUGACAUUGGUAAUUUUGGAGAGGUGCGGCUUCCAAUAUUGGGUUGCCUGGCAGCCUCCUGGGUCGUGGUGUUCCUCUGUCUCAUCAAAGGGGUCAAGUCGUCAGGGAAAGUGGUUUACUUUACAGCCACAUUUCCUUACGUGGUGCUGACAAUCCUCUUCAUCCGAGGAAUUACAUUGGAUGGUGCUGUUAAUGGGAUCAAGUACUACCUGACUCCGCAGUGGAAAAUGAUCUUGGAUGCAAAGGUGUGGGGGGAUGCUGCCUCCCAGAUCUUCUACUCUCUUGGCUGUGCCUGGGGUGGGCUCAUCACCAUGGCAUCUUAUAACAAAUUCCACAACAACUGUUACAGGGACAGCAUAAUCAUCAGCAUAACAAACUGUGCAACCAGCGUCUACGCAGGCUUUGUCAUCUUCUCCAUUCUGGGCUUCAUGGCGCACCACCUGGGUGUGGAUGUGGCCGAUGUGGCCGACCACGGACCUGGGCUAGCUUUUGUGGCCUACCCAGGGGCCCUCACUCUGCUCCCCAUUUCCCCACUUUGGUCACUCCUUUUCUUCUUCAUGCUCAUCCUGCUAGGACUUGGAACUCAGUUCUGCUUGUUGGAGACACUGGUAACAGCUAUUGUGGAUGAGAUUGGGACAGACUGGAUAAUUCGGAAUAAAACAUAUGUGACCUUGGGGGUGGCAGUAGUUGGCUUUCUGCUAGGAGUGCCUCUGACAUCCCAGGCUGGGAUCUAUUGGCUGCUGCUCAUGGAUAACUAUGCAGCCAGUUUCUCUCUUGUCAUCAUCUCCUGCAUCAUGUGUGUCUCCAUCAUGUACAUUUACGGGUUCCGCAAGUACUUCAAGGAUGUUGAGAUGAUGCUGGGUUUUCCUCCCCCAAUCUUCUUCCGAAUCUGCUGGCGAUUCGUGUCUCCUGCCAUCAUCACGUUUAUCCUGGUGUUCACAGUAGUCCAAUACAAACCUAUUACUUACAAUGACUACAUCUACCCUGGCUGGUCUUUAGCCAUCGGAUUCCUAAUGGCUCUCUCUUCAGUAAUUUGCAUUCCUAUCUAUGCCAUUUACAAGAUCUGGACAUCUGAAGGGAGAACGUUUCUAGAGCGUGUAAAAAACGCAUUAAAGCCAGACCCCAGCUGGGGCCCAGCCCUGCAGGAGCACCGGACUGGUCGCUAUGCACCGAACGUCAGCUCAGGCUCAGACCUCAACCAGGAGGAUCAGCUCCUGCACGUUAAGGAGAAGCCAGAAGAGGUUAGCCUCAUGAUCCAGGACAGCAAUGGCUCUGCACACAACCCGGAGGCCAGCGCGUAAAACCAUGGUGCACCUUCAAAGCAUUUUACACACAGCAGUGGGUGAAGACAUUCUUGUGAAAACGUAACCUUUACAUAUUGCAAAGGCUUAUUAUUUCUAAUCGCUAUAGAAUUGGUUGUCAUUUGAAUAUUUAUUUUUUUUUGUCUUCAUAAUCUGAGAAUGUAAUUUUUGCAUGAAAAACUGUAACUUGUCUACACAUUGUUGUUCCAAAACUAGCAAGGUGGAAUACAUUAUUUUCAGAUCUUUUAUGAAAUCUGAGUAUGGUAAAAUAGCAACACUUGUGCCAGGCAAACUUGUAAAGUCACAGUGCUAUCUUGUUGGAGCGCUGGAGACAGAAUUUUCUGUAUAACAAAAAAAUAAAUAAAUAAAUAACACACACUGACCCAAACCCCAGUUCUCAACAUAGCAGGUGUUCCAUUUGCCAUUUUUUAUUAAACUUGCUAUAUGCUAAAGUCUCAAACUAACCAAUCAAUAGUGUCUGGGGAAAUAUAUAUAUAUAUAUAUAAAAGCUUGUUCAGGUCUUGUACAAAACAAAUACAUGAUGAUAAUUGUUUAAGUCUUCAAGUCUCAUUGUUUUACAAAUAACCUAUGGUUACUGUUAUCAUGUGUCCAUCAGUUCCAGAAUUUAACUAUAUUGAACUAUUUUGGCCUGGAUUUUUAUUUUAUUUUAUUUUUUGACAGUCAAACAGGCUCUUCCAAAGGAAUCACAAACAGCAAUAACUGUUUGGAAACUGAGUUCUACUUGUACACAUGAUGGACUGAUUGGACUGCAGCUUAACAUCGAUAAAAUGAAACAGACCUUUUUGACCCAAGCAUUAAUGAUCCAAGUGUAAUAGAAUAUACUAAUGCUGCUGCAUAAAAGUUUAAGAAAUACUGUGCUCCAGCUCUCUAAAUGGACAAUCUGAUUCAUGAAGCACUUCCAUAUCAACAGUUAGGACCAUGGUGAAACCAAGCAACCAAUGAACGACGGAGGAAAUGUUUAAGAAAUGUUCAUGUGUUCUCUGUGUUUCAUUGGUUGCCUGGAAAAGUUGCCUAAAAGAUGGCUUGUGUUUACAUCUGCUGUUUAAAACUCAUAUUUUUUUCUAAAUAGAAUAUUACAUUUAAGAAGGGAGCAUAGGCAUUAAAACAGUAGCACAAAUUAUGAAAUUGAAUUCAAUUACAAACAUACACUGCAGAAUUUCCAUUAUCUGAAACUCAGGUGACAAGGAUAUCAGAAUACUUCAUAUAGAGCUGCAACCAGUAGUUGAACUGCAAUGUAACUACAUUUUUUAAAGAUUCAGUUAAAAAAAUUAAAUACAAAAAUAAAAAUAUUGUACUAUAUUUAAAUUGAAAAUAAAAAAAAAGUGUUAUCCCCCUAAAAAAAUGUCAAGCUGCAUUGAUUUUGGUGCAAAUUGCAUGAAUUAUUGAAAGACAACUGCAAUGUCUUUAACUGAACCUCAUUCCCUCUGUGUCCUCAGUGAGCCCGUUCUUCUCUUCCUUGUACAGUGAUGUAAAGUUACACCCUUAGGGAGGUUCUUCUGUGUUUUUUUUGUUUGUUUAGUACUGUAUUUAGGUUGUAUAAAUGGGUAAUAUUUCCUCUGUGUAGUGUUGAUUUGCUGUGACGUAAUGUAAGUAUUAUAAGCGCAGCAUAGUGCCAGUAUUGAUGUUUUAUAAUUGUAAUGAUUAUCAAUAUCUUUUAACAGAACAGUUUAUAUAAAUCAUGUUAUUUUUUCCAAAUUCUCUUAGAUUCAGGCACCUCUGUUCCCCAGUUAUAGCAACACCUGCCUCACCUAAAAUGUGAAGCCAGCUGGUAAAGGAGCAGUAAAUUGGGACAAGCAGUGUUAAAGUGUUUAGCAGUAUGAAACUUUAACUACUAUACAUUUUAAUUGUUAUGGUCACUAAGUUUUUACUACAAUUUAUGUAACAAUCGCUAUACUGCCCUUAUGUGCAGUAUAUACUGUAUUUAACACACAUUUGGCUUUUCCCUGCAGUGAUUUAAAGAUUGCGCACCAUUCUGUUAAGCACACUACCUGCAAUGAGAAUUACUUCUGGACUAUGAAUAUUUUACUGGCAAAUAUUACAGGUAGUCUGUGACUUUUCAACAAGGGUGGAGUGUACCAGAAUACACUAAAAUAUAACUUAAAUGGAACCCCUUUUAUAUGCAAUAAAUAUAGGCAACAUAGCCUCACCAAACCGUCCAUCCAAAACUUGGCACAUAAAUUACAUACACAGAAGUAGUCCCACACAAUUUAUGCAUUUAGCAACAGAUACCCUUGCAGAUGCAGAAAACUACAAAAAACUAAAACCAGCAAAUAGGUAUGUGUGGACAAAGCACAGGGCCCUCAAUGCCACAUGCAUUGUAGGGACCUUUUGUCUCCAGUCAGGUAUAACCCUAAACCUAAAAAGCAGUAGCUGUGCAUACAUUUUUCUCUUGGUAUGUGUAUAUUGUACAAGGUUAACAUACAAACUAUAGUUAUAUGCACUAUAGGUUUUUAAUGGUAUGUUUGGGAUAUACUUGCGAUAUGAACUUUUAAGAAGGUAUAAUAUGUAUGUCAUAUUUGUGUUAGUAACGUUGUCUACUGAUAAAGGAGGGUUAUAUUUUUGUUUAUUUUUUCAAGCGUAUUUCGUACCAAUAGGAAGUUGUUGUAAGUAGCAAUAACCUUGUAACACCCUCAUAGUAUAAUUAAUAUGUCUGAUUGAAGAAAAGUGUAUUUGUAUUUUGUUAACGACUGUUGAUAAAAUGUAGUUUGUACCAGCAGAGCAACUAAAAAUAUUCAAACAUUAGAAAAUGAAGGUGUUAAACAACCAGUGACAGUGUAGGGCAUUUUGCACAGCUGCAUUGUCAUGCUUUAUCAAUGCCUUUCACCUGAAAAAAGCCUGCAGUUUAGGGGCUGGUUUCCUGCAUACUUUAAUCUCACUAAAGAUAUUGACAAGUGACCUCAUACCUAUUUUUUGUUUUAAAAUUUUAGAACAUAUAUCUCAUUCAUCCCAGAUGGUUUACAAUGCAAUUUCUCAAACAAUUUACAUAAGCUCAGGUUUUACUUCAGAUGGGACUUUCUGCAGCUCUAACCAUUACAUUUUGUGUUGCACUUCUGUUUCCUGAUGUUUAUCAUUGUAAAGAUAAAGGUAUAGAAGUGUGUACUCACAUGUCAGAGAUAUAAAUUAGCCCAACUCCUUUUUUCUAUUAUUUUUCGUUCUUUUUUUAAAAUUUUAUUUAAAAAUAAGACCUUUUAAAAUAAUAAAUAUAACAGUACUGGUGUACCAUGUAUUUGUGCAUCUAUAAAAUAUCAGUAGUUAAACAGAGAGUUUAGUCAGUCAGUAUGUGUAUAGUAUGUCAAUAUAACAAUAACUCUUACUACUGUUUUCAGUGGUAUAAACUGAAUAUUAUAUGAUAUUAUACACAGACUGGCGAUGUGUGUGCAAGGAUGGAGGGGAGGGGGGACCAGUCUCCAUUCAUGCCAGGUGCUGUGGAAGAACUCUUGUUGAGGUAGAGCAGCGAGUAAAAUCUAACCUUUUCCUUUGACAGAAGUGGAUUCCCUUGUGUGCCCUUUACUCUGUGCAGAAUACCCUGUUUGCCCAUUGUGAAACAGCAUUGAGUAUUUGUAUUAUCACAAUUUUCGUUUGAAGUACGGAAGUCCGAGCUAGCUUUAAAAUAAAAUAAAAACCUCUAGAUGAUGUGUACAAUACUGUGUUAUGUUAUAUGAUUCUUUGUUAGACAUGCAAAUAAAGAAUAGCAAUUAACCUUAAAA